AUGCAGGGGAAGAGCAGCAGCCGGAAAGAGAGCAAAGUCAGACGGUUGAUUAAAGCCCCGAUUAGGAUUCUGUCGAGAGCGAGGGAUUUGUACGUCCAAAGCCUCUCAGGUUGCACCGGAGAAGCUUAUUCAUCAGUGGGGUGGCCUGCAGCACCACAAGUACUCACAAAUUUGCCAAAAAGUUUCAGUGUCAACUCAUCAUUCUCAAACAGUGAUGAAGUUCUCUAUGCCACGAAUAUUAGGAGCCUCGCCGGAAGUAUCAAAAGGGACGACUCUCUCAGGAGGAGGAGACACCAGCCGGAACCAAAUGUAGUGGGCCGGAGUCAGACCGUUACCAUUGGAAGGAUUGAUGAAGACAAGCCCUGUGAAUUCGGAGAACAUAUUGCUGUGAAGACCGACUUUUAUCCAGAAUUCAGAAGCUGCAGUUUCAAGAAGGCCGAUUUUGUAAACAUCGACAAGAAAUGCUUGCUUGGGAAAAAGUAUAAUGAGAUUAUAAUGGACUCAUCCCAUGGAAGUGUUGCAGCCUCUAUUCUGUAA